AUGGUGGUAAGGCCAGUUGUACUAUUUUUGAUGGUGUUUAUUACAGGGACACAAACUCAAAUAUUCCGAGGGGCCAGGCUGCUGCUGUGUGUGAGUGAACGGGGCCUGCACAGCUCCUCAGGAGACGGGUACCAUGCCCUCUCCUUGCUCUCUGAACUGCAGAUUGAUGAACUCCCAGAGGGAGCUGUGAAGCCCCCAGCAAACAAGUAUCCUAUCUUCUUUUUUGGCACCCAUGAAACUGCAUUUUUAGGUCCGAAAGACCUUUUUCCAUAUAAGGAAUACAAAGACAAGUUUGGAAAGUCAAACAAACGGAAAGGAUUUAAUGAAGGAUUGUGGGAAAUAGAGAAUAACCCGGGAGUGAAGUUUACUGGGUACCAGGCAAUUCAGCAGCAGAGCUCCUCAGAAACUGAGGGAGAAGGCGGGAAUACUGCAGAUGCAAGCAGUGAGGAGGAAGGGGAUAGAGUAGAAGAAGAUGGAAAAGGCAAAAGAAAGAAUGAAAAAGCAGGCUCAAAACGGAAAAAGUCCUACACUUCCAAGAAAUCCUCCAAACAGUCCCGGAAAUCUCCAGGAGAUGAAGAUGACAAGGACUGCAAAGAAGAGGAGAACAAAAGCAGCUCUGAGGGUGGAGACGCCGGCAAUGACACAAGGAACACGACUUCAGACUUGCAGAAAACCAGUGAAGGGACCUAACUACCAUAAUGAAUGCUGCAUAUUAAGAGAAACCACAAGAAGGUUAUACAUUUGGUUGUCUAAUAAUCUUGGAUUUGAUAUGAACCAACACAUAUUCCUUGUUGUCAUUGACAGAACCCCAGUUUGUAUGUACAUUAUUCACAUUCCUCUCUGUUGUGUUUGGGGGAAAAAAAGACAUUUUAGCCUUUUUUAAGGUUAUUGAUUUAAUUUCAUGUUAUUUGGUUGCAUGAAGUUGCCCUUAACCACUAAGGAUUAUCAAGAUUUUUGCACAAACUUAUACAUGUCUAGGAUCCUUUUAUCAAGGCAGUUACGUUCAUCAUUCUCCUGCCUUUACUCCACCAUCACCAGACACUCUAUUAAAUAUAAAGUAGCAUUUUUAAAAAUGACCACUCAACAUAAUGCUUAAGGGAUUUCCUCUGUGACAGAACCCAGGAACCAGUUCCUAAACACAUAAUGUUGGCAUAUUGAAGAUGAAAUUAAAAUCAUCCUUCAGUUUUGAGGCCAUGUGUAAAGUUUAAUCAUACUGUAAAAUAUCUAUUCCGUAUUAGAAAUAGCUAGUCGACAGCUUAUACUUCUCAAAACUCAUAGUUACGUACACAAACUCAGUUUUUAUAUGUGAAGUUAGUGAGUCUUUUGUGUUAUUCCAAAAUAAAGGCAAUGAUUUAUUUUUUUCCCCAAUGCCAGUACAAUUUGAGCUAAUCACUCAAGGUGGAUAAUUUACAUUUUAAAGCUGGAAUCAGCAGUAGCCCUAUGGGAAACCAGACACAGCAUUGACUUUUAAAUGAACCAUUGUUUUCUUUUGGAACUAGAAUUAGAAUAGUCGAUAUUCAUCCACAAACCAUUAUUAUGUGUACAUUAUUGUUGCUAUUGUGAUAAUAGAGAAUUUUAUUUAUUUUUAUGCCAGCUUAUAUUGUGAGAACACAUUUAGUCAGUUUGGGUUUUAUCAAUCCUGUUAUGCUUGUCCUUGGAACAUCUUUCGCGUAUUCAAGGUUUGUAGUUGAAAAGUUUACUGUAAAAAAAAAAAUCAAAAACAAAAAAAUGUAUUGUUUUUACAGAAUAAAUUUAUUGGAAUGUGUACUGGGAGUAAGAUUUGAGGUGUAAACAACGAAGUUAGUGUAAUUUGGCUUCAUCUAUGUAAUGUGAGGUAUUAAUGUAAUUCAUAUAUUAAAGCAAAAAUUGUUAACAGCAA